GAGAACCACGGCUUCUUGAUGCUGAAGCCGCACGCGAACACGGCCGCCUCCCGCACCUGCUUGAAGCAGCUGCUGUCGCAGAAGCACAUCCAGGUCAUCGAGGAGGGCGAGAUCACGGCGAGUGAGAUCCGGGAGAGGGGACUUAUCGACGUCCACUAUGGCAGUGUGGCCGAGAAAGCCCUGCAGCAGCAACCCUCUGACAUGCAUGUGUCGACAGAAGCGGAGAAGGAGUUCGAGGAAUGCUUCGGCAUGUCCUGGGAAGAUGCCUUGAAGCAGGACAGGGUGUGCAAUGCCGCUGAGGCACAGAGCAGGCUGGGAUGGACUUCCCAGGAGCUGGGCACGCAUUGGGACACGCUGAAGAUGGGUGUUGGCAAGGUGAAGUUCGGCGGCGGCUUCUACUGUGGGCGGCUGCAAGACAUCUUCGUCAUCAACGGUUUCUACAUGGCCAUGCGCGGCCAAUACCUGAUUCCCGGCAGUUCGGUGUGGUGGUUCAAAGUGAAGUGGCAAGCCUCCGACAUGUCCUGGAAAACGUUUCGGGAAGAGGUGGUGGGCAACACCGAUCCUGCAACUGCUGCGGAGAAAUCCCUCCGCGGCAUCUUCUACAAGAGCUGGACAGAGCUUGGCUUGCCGAGCCAGCCUCAUGUAGGCGAGAAUGCUGUUCACGGCUCUGCGAGCCCCUUCGAGGCCUUGGCGGAGAAGUGGAACUGGCUCGGGGCGGACUACGAGAGCGACCCCUUUGGGUCCCUGCUGCUCGAACGAGGCGUGACCCCAGAUUCUAUCGGGAGAUGGAAGAGAAACCCAGUGGUGAAACUUGACGGGAGGUCGCAGGCGGUCUUCGACCUCUUCGAGAACAUGGAUGCCGCGAGCUGCCUUCAGAAAGCCAAGAAGCUCUGCAAGGCGAAGGAGUUCAAACAGAAAGAAGCACCGGUUUGGACGCCGCCGAUUGACAUCAUGCGCUGGCACACAAUGAUCUCGAGUCGUUUGCCCCGCUGA